GCAUAAGUCUGACUUCGUGACUCGAUGAUUUGGUGCCUUGAUUUUUUUUCUACUACAUUACUUUGGCUGAAACCUGUAGCGCCACUUCAGGUUGGUUGCAACCGUCACCAAAUUUAACAUGGCUACAUCGACCAAACCGCCAAUGUCAGCCUCUCCUACGGUAGCCUCGCGAUUACGAAAACGUAAUUACAAGAUAUUGAGCGACCACAAUGAUUCGGACAGUGACAUUGAAGAAGGUAUUGGGGCUAUACCACAGUCCAACAAUUCGUCGACAACUGAAAAGAAACCGCGAGUGGUGAAAAGGCGGCAAAUGACAGCAAUGAACGGCGCAGGCGUCGAGCAAAUAGAUAGCAAUAUGCCGGAUACCGACCUUGCGACUGACAUUGCCUCAAGUGUAGAAUCUGUCAGCAGCGAGACGCAUACAAGGAAAACUCGUAGUCGACCAAGAAUUCACAACUGUACAUGGCCAGACUGCGGAAAGGUCUACGACAUCAAAGCGAAACUCACUGAACAUAUUCGCAGUCAUACCGGCGAGCGUCCAUUUACCUGUCCUGUGGAGGGUUGUGGCAAGUCCUAUAUGAAAAAUGCCCAAUUGCAAGUCCAUAUUUUGACUCACGACGAGAGUUCUAAAUCAGCCUUUCGCUGCCCUUUCGAUGGCUGUGGAGCAGCAUUUCCGCACAAACACCGCUUAAAAAAUCACCUGAAGGUGCAUGAGCAACCACAUCAGUUCGUGUGUGAUUGGGAAGGAUGUGGUGCAGCAUUUGUGAAACCCUUUCAAUUACGAAAUCAUAUGUGUACCCAUACCAACAAGAAGCCACAUCCAUGCACUCACUCAGGCUGCGAAAAAAGUUUUGACACUCGUCCCAAGUUGAAUGUACAUAUGGCAACAGUCCAUAGUACUGAAUUACGAUACUGCUGCGGUCACGAAGGAUGCGACGCGAGAUUUGCAAAAUAUAACCAACUUCAACUUCAUACCAAACACGAUCACGAAAACAAGUGCUCUAUAUGUGGGAAAGUCUACGAAACACGAACUAUGCUCACUUAUCAUAUCAGCACUGUGCAUUUACAACAAGAACCAUUUGCUUGUCAUUGGGAUGGGUGUGGCAAGAAAUUUAAGAUGCAAUCCAGUCUGCGGUAUCAUAUCCAGCAUAUUCACCGGAAUAUCGAACCCUAUAAAUGUGAGCAUGAUGGCUGCGUCGCUACGUUUCCUACUCCAUCUUCCCUUCGUCGACAUAUCAAGAGUAGGCAUGAACCAAAAGAAGAUCAAGGAACUUCUCCUCCAGCACCGGCACCUGAGAUAUCCGUACUGACAGGAUACAGUGAAAACGGCACUAACAAGCAGCGCAGCUAUAGCUGUCCUUUCGGUGGAUGUGGCAUGACAUUUUGGCGAGAAUAUGACCUUAAGCGACAUAUAGAAAGCAAGUCUCACGAGUGCGAAUUGAGUCAAGAAGUGCAAAACGUGGAUGUGUAAAAAUACCCUAUUACCUGAAGGAGCCAACCGACCUUUUGAUUAUUACAACAACAUUGAUGCCAACAAAAUUUGUAACACCACGGUAGAACCCCGUCUGAAGUCCCAUGCACGGUUCCCAAGAAAAGGCUGAUAAUUGUUUAUGAUUUAAAAAUAAUGAAAUCGGUCCAGUAAAUAAAGUACAGCAGCAAAAUCUAUUCCCUUUACUAUGCGAUCUCCAAUGACUUUUUGGAAAAGUAGAAAAAGUUC